AUGUAUGUUGAUGUGGUUAAAAGUAGCCCUUCAUUGCCGCAGGAAGUAUCCUGUCCUGGUAACUUCAGAAAAUGCGGCGACACUUGUUUGUAUCUUGCCUUAGACACCGGAGUGAGUUGGGAAGCCGCUCGAGUUUUUUGUCAAGGCCUGGGAGGAGAUUUGGCCGUGUUUCGAGACGCCAAUGAAUUCGCAGAGGCUCUCAAAUACGUCAAAAGUUCGGUCGCUGUAAAGGGAACGCCUGUGUGGGUGGGCGGAACAGACCGCAUAGAAGAGGGGGAAUGGAGGUGGGUCUCUGGGGAAGACAUGCCGAGAGGAACGCCCUUUUGGGGAGAUUAUAACUACGUACGCGAACCAGCUGAAGGCACAUCGGGGAACUGCGCCGCCCUGUAUGGCCCUGAUGGUUUCUUGAUACAUGAUGGUGUUUGUCAAAAUCCAUACAAGCCCCUCUUAUGGUUUGCAAUUUUAAGGAUAAGUCAGAUAUCGGAAGCUGAGUCUCACCCGGGCUAA